CGGGCAAUCUAGCAGCCCCCCCAGCCCCAUCGGCUGCCUCAUACGGCGGCGAUGACUAUUCGUUUGAAAGCAAAGAAGCAGCUGCACCCGCACAAGCUACACCUGAUGGCAUGCAAGUGUCCAUGUGGCAACUGGCCUACUACAGCCCCUACUUCGAUGUAGAUCUUAAUACG